AUGACUGGCACGCAAAAGAGUAAGAAGACUGAGCAGAAAGAGAAAAAGAAGAUUAUCGAGGACAAGACCUUUGGUUUGAAAAACAAGAACAAAUCAAAGAAAGUCCAACAACAAAUUAAAAGCAUCCACAACACAGUGAUGCAAGUUCAUGACAAGAAGGUGAAGAAAGAACUUGAAGAGAAGGAACAAAAACGUCUUGAAAAGUUGGCCCAAAAGAAGAGAGAACAAGAAUUGAAGGACUUGUUUAGAACCGCUGAUGAUAAGAAGGAAGACGAAGUUGUUCAAGCCUCAUCCUCCGAAGAACAACCAACUGAUGGAGAAGAAAUUACCUACGAUUCAAUCGAGCAAGAAAUCAAGGAUGAAGCCGAACUCACUAUCGAGGAAAUUGUUGAGAAGGAGAGAGCUAAAAUCAUUAACGGUACACCGGUUACAUUGGAGUCCUUUACAAAAUGGAAGCAAUUCAAAGUUGAACAACAAAGAAAAGAAAAGGAGCGUGAGCACAAGCUGCAAAUGGCACUCUAUGAAAAAUCUGGACAUGGUCUCUCUGGUCGUGAAUUGUUUAAGCUCAAUCAAUCUCUUUUCGUGGACGAUGAAGAGGCUGACGAUACAGUUUACCAAAUUCCAGAAGAUGCCAUCGACGAAGAUUUGUUCUUGGAGGGUGACGAAGAGGAUGCUGAGGAUGAAAUUCCUGAAGAAAUUGAUGAAGAGUACGACCCUUCUACUUGGAAGGAAAAGCAAACUCCAAAAGAAUUGUUAUUGGCCUACACGCAAAUUAAAAAGUACCCAGACGCAAAAUUCGAAAAAUUGCCAAAGCAGUCACCACAAGAGCAAGGUGAGAGAAUUUCUGUCAUCAUAGAGAAACCUGUGAAAAAGGAAUUUAUUUUGUCAAAGGUUUUCCCUAGUCGUAAACUGGCAGAGCAUAAUGCAAGUUUGGUGGCCUAUAGAUGGCUGCAAAAGUAUGAUGAGAAACAAAAGAAGGCCAGUGAAAGCAAGCAAGAAUAA